AUGAUCUAUCUAUCUAUCUAUCUAUUGACCACUAAUAUUAUCUAUCUAUCUAUCUAUCUAUCUAUCUAUCUAUCUAUCUAUAUAUAUAUAUUGACCACUAAUAUUAUCUAUCUAUCUAUCUAUCUAUCUAUCUAUCUAUCUAUCUAUCUAUGGCAUCUACAUGACUUACUCUUUUACUCAUUUCUCCCCACAGUUCUUGCAAAUAUUCCUUAUUUCUUUGAUUUCCAUCAAAUACCAUUCAUUUUUUCUUUCUUUCUUUCUUUCUUUCUUUCUUUCUUUCUUUCUUUCUUUUCCACUUUGUCUCUAAUUGCAGCCCUGACCUUACCGGUCACUGAACUAAUUCGCUUUUCAAUAAUAACUGAAAAUAUCUAUCUAUCUAUCUAUCUAUCUAUCUAUCUACCUAUCUAUCUAUCUAUCUAUCUUAGUCUUUCGUCGCUAUAUAUCUAUCUCUCUUUCUUCGCUAUCUAUCUAUCUAUCUAA